AUGGCUAGUCGAGCUGCCAACAAGCGGUUAACCCGCGAAUACAAAACCAUCUCCGAGAAUCCGCCACCAUACAUCAUCGCCCACCCCUCUGAGUCCAACAUCCUCGAAUGGCACUACAUCCUCACCGGACCCCCAGACACUCCAUACCACAACGGCCAAUACUGGGGCACCCUGAUCUUCCCUCCAAACUACCCCUUUGCUCCCCCCGCAAUCCGAAUGCACACCCCCUCCGGCCGUUUCCAGCCCUCAACCCGACUCUGCCUCUCAAUCUCCGACUUCCACCCCAAGUCCUUCAACCCUGCAUGGGAAGUCUCCACGAUCCUAAUCGGCCUGCUCUCCUUCAUGACGAGCGAAGAGAUGACGACCGGAUCCGUCGGUGCUUCCGAGGCCGAGCGAAAGUGGGCUGCUGGUCGAACAAGGUGGUGGAACUCGACGGGUGGGGGCAGCUAUAAGGAUGGCAAGACGGUGCAGAAGGGGAAUGUGAAGGCUGGGGAUGGAGGCGCGAAGUUUAGGGCUGAGUGGCCGGAACUCGACAAGGAGAAUUGGAAGUGGAUGAAGGAGAACAGGAUUGACUCGGCGACGGGGAAUGUUAUACAAGAAGCUGGGGCGAGUGGGCAGAACUGUACACCAGGAAUGGCGUUGAGGCGGCCAAGUGGGAGUCAGGCAGUUGUUGGGGCUGUGGUCGAAGGGGGAAGAGCCGUGGGUGAGGAGGGCAGGGGCUGGAUUCGGAGGAAUAAGUUAUUGGUUGCGGGUGCGGUGGUCUUCACGUAUGUGUUGAUUGCGAGGUUACUUGGUGAUGGGAAGGGUGUUGGAUCGUGA